GCAUAUGUAAUUUUACAUUUUAAAAUUGCAACAUUAUGUAAACUUGUUCCUUAUAUAUUUUGUUGGGAAAAUUUCAUACAACCUUUAAUUCCACAGUUUAUUUCACGGUAGAUCCUUUUAUUUUUCUUUCAAGCGACAUAAAAUAAGACCCUCAAGUACUUCACCGUACCAUCCUUAUCUAUUAUCUCCCACGUUUAUUCACUUUUGACGACAAAAACUAACCUCAAUAAAUUGUUUUAUUUUAUAAGAUGAAGCUCCACUUUAAUGAAUUCAUUCAACUUUUUUCCCCUCCAGGCCAAGCAUUUCAAACGUGGCGAGGCUCCCGCUACCAAAGUGCAAAGAAUAAGGCCACCCAUGCUUGAAUAUUGUUUGACCGCUGUUCCCUCUCUCUCUCUCAAACUACACCAUCAUUUUCUUCAUCUACUUUCCCUUUAAAUUUCUCCUGCCCUCUUCCUCACUUCUAACAAUCCAUUCUAAUACUCUCUUCUCAAUCUACUAGGGCCACUUUGCUUUGCUUGUAUCUAUCUCUCUCUAAUCUUACUGAGCAGUAGAAUCUUGCAUCCACCGAAUUGUUUCAUCUUCCACUAAGAUUACUUUCUCCAAAAAAAAGGCUCAUCCUUGCACUCUCACUCAUGGCUUUCAUAAACCCAGUUGCAGAUUUCGUUACAAAAUACGUGUUUGACCCCUGUAUUGGGCAGAUCUGUUAUUUAGUGCGAUUGAGGAAGAAUAUUGAGAAACUGGAAAGCAAAACGAGAGAGCUAACAAGCAAAAAGAAUGACACAGAUAGUGCCCUAGCAGCAGCAGCUAGGAGAGACGGAAGAAACCAAACAGCGCGAGUCGAAGAAUGGCUGAAUUCAGUCAGUGUAAUCGAAGCAGAAGCCGUUCGAAUUAAAGAUGAGUAUGAGCAAGGAAAGACAUGUCUAAGAGGCGUGUGAGUAGAUUGUUGGUCCCGUUACAAACUGAGCAAGAGAGCUGUCAAUCUCGUGGAAGAUGUCGACUGCAAGUUAGAAAUGGAGAUUGGUCCAUUGUCUAUCUCUCCACCUCCAGAGCGUGCUGUACAGUUCGAAACCACGCCCAUCCCAGGCCAACCUAUUGCUCGAAAAGCAUUACAAGAGGUUCUCGACUGCAUACAUGACGACCAAAUCGGGAUCAUCGGAGUGUACGGUAUGGGAGGAGCAGGUAAAACAACUCUUGCCAAAGAGGUAAACAAUCAAUUGCAGUCAAAUACUAAUUUUGAUAUUGUGAUAUGGGUCACUGUGUCUAGCAAUCCAGAUCUAUCAGGCUUGCAGAAGAGGAUUGGAGAGCGAUUGGGUCUUCUGGAUUUGUCGAAUUGCAGUUAUGAGACGACCCGGGAGAAGCUACUGAGUAAGUUGAAGAACGAAGAUGACAUGGGGAAAUCUUUGUCACUCGAAGAUGUCGGAAUUCCUCAACCAACAAUUGAGAAUGGGUGCAAGAUUCUCUUAACCAGUCUAAGCCGAGAUGUUUUGCAGUGACAUGGAUGCCAAGCUGGCGAUCCUAGUAGCACCACGCUCAAAGGAGGAAGCAUGGGCUCUAUUUGUUGAGAAAUCAGGUUCACAUGCUACCAUGGGCUCUAUUUGUUGAGAAAUCAGGUUCACAUGCUACCUUGCCAACAAUAAAACCAGUUGCCGUAGCUAUGUAUUGAAUGUUGUGAUGGGUAGCCCCUGGCGAUCAUAACGGUUGCAUGAGUCAGCCUAAGCUAUGUAUUGAAUGUUGUGAUGGGUAGCCCCCGGCGAUCAUCACGAUUGCAUGAGUCAUAGCAAACCAAUUGAGAGUAGAGGAGUAGGAGGAUGCCCAACAAGAAGAGUUGAAACAGUCGGGCAUUGGUGUUAGAGGUAUGGAUGAAUACGUAUUUAGCGGCUUAAAGUUCAGUUAUGAUAAAUUAAACGAUGAUGAUCUUGGAUCUCUCUUCUUGUAUUGCGCUUUAUACCCUGAAGACGAAUCUAUAGGGGAAUAUGAACUUGUAAAUUGGUGCAUUGGGGAAGGAUUGGUAGACAGGCCAGGUGAUCUCAAAUCUGCUAUUAACAGGGUGCAUACUUUAGUUCGAAGGCGAUCCUUUCCAUCCCUGUCUUUCUAACUCUAUUUCAUAUUGCUUUAGAGAGAGAGAUGCACAGGAAGUUGCUCAGAGAAUCCUUGGGUACAGAGAGGGGAAUUGUAUAAAGAUAUUGGGAUGGGUCCUGGUGAGAGGCGUGGUAGUAGUUCCCCUACACUUUAGUCAUGGUUUUUUUCCCACAAGCGAAAAAUAAAAAAAAAAUAAAAAAAAUGUUGAGCUAGACUUAAUGAGAUAUUAAAUUUUCUAGGCAUCUUGUAAUUUUAUUUUAUUUGAUUAGUGAAAAAUCUAUUGAUCUUC